UCAGACGUAUGUUUCUCUUGCAUGCAAUGAAGCUUCUUAUAGCUGUGGCUCUGUUGGUUGUUGGACUCUCUCCUUGCCCAGGCUUCAGUCAGACCAGUGAGGGCUCUGGACAGACCACUGAGGUAACAACUGAGGCACUAACUGAGGCACCAACUGGUGCAACAACUGAUGGAUCCCUUAGAAUUGACAGCGUCCUUAUCGAUUACAGCUAUGAGAAUGUCUACAUAUUCAUUUUCAUACUUGACAACCAGCUGUUUGAUCGUGAUGCACCGUGCUUUUUGAACCAACUUGUUUUCAGAAAUACAGACACAAAUGAAAUCUUCCAAUCAGAAUACCUGGGUAGUUGCAAUUACUUCGAUGGCUUUGUCAUUCGGAUCACUAUGAAUCCUAGAGAUCAUCUCAAGCUAAUUUUGGACGAGUUUAUUGACACUAACUCUACUACGCCCUUGGGUUUGGAAAUGUACACUGCAGAUAUGCUUGGAGCUCCGUUCCACCUUCAAAUAGAACCAGAUGACGCUGUUAAGUGUAACGUGACAUUGAACUUGUAUUCCGAUGUAAGGAUAAGUGACAUUGAUUAUUGGAUCGAUGAGGGGAUUCUUUUGAUUCAUUUCUAUACGUUCAUUGAUGUUGCGACUGUCAAUGCUAGCAAGCUAUCAUCACUCUCUCGCUCUUCUUAUUACCCUCGGGAUACAAACAAAACUGUUAACAUUAAUGGUGGUGAAAUACUGAACCAAUCGCCUGGCUUAACAUCAUCUGUGGCCAUUAAACUGACUUCUAGUGAUCACAAUCUUCUUGCAAGCAAAGGAAUAUGCACUAGUACUGGUAGUAGGAGAUUCAUUUACGACUGUUACCUUGGCAUAGAAUCGGGAUUUGCUGCUGCGUAUUAUGGAGCAGAAUUCAAUGGUGGUUAUCGUGUCUACGGUCAUUCUGUCUAUAAUAUUCGAAGAGCUGCCACAGAUUCUGAGGCAGUGACUAUGUCUAUUCAGCUGGAGUAUGUCGGUGGAUUGACUCUGAACUUAACCCUCGGUUUAGGUCAGCCAUUCAGUGUUCGCCGGUCAUAUUUGGCUAUGGACGAGAGGAUUAUCAGUGUGACGUGUACUAGCAGGGACACUAAUGAACAUGUGAACCCCAUGCUGGAGAUUGACAAUGGUGCAGUGCCUAUUCCACCUAACUACAUCCAGAAUGAUUGGCCCAGCUUUACCACCUUGAAUGCACCCAGGGGGCUAGCUGAGUCUGGUUUACAAGGUUACUACACGUGCAAGACAGAGGGAAACACUUUCCUCAGUCCUCACCUUCUGCAUUCCAAUGGUGUUUACAUAUUUUUCUACCAAGGAGCCUCUGCUACAGCUGAUGUGCAUGAAGACAUUGUACUCCGCUUUGCACAUGAUGACUUGUAUGACAGUCAGUUUUCAAAUUUUGGCAAUCGGUUCUAUGUUCUUAAUGCUGCUGACAGAUAUAACGAGGUACCUUUUGAGUACCGUUUCGAAACAAACACACCAUUUCCGUACCAUGCUGAGCUGCACAUCAACAGGACCCGGUUUGAUUAUGAGGGAGAGUACUUCAUCGCAUACGAUUAUUAUUCUUUACGCCCACAUUUUAUUAUUGAUGUCAACGAACCUGAACUCACUCUCUACCCACCGGUCUUGACUGUACUCAGCUCUGACCCUCCCGAUACAACCGCCUCUCUCACUUGUACCUCUGACAACACAAAUGUUCCUGUGCUGUUCUCCGGAGAUCACACCUCACUGGGUAUCACGACUACCUACCUGGAUGACACCAACAGCUCUGUGAGAUUGGACUUUGAACUGGACAAAGACCUCAUUGAAGUGCUAGAUGGAAUGGAGUUUACCUGUGAGGCCAGAGAUCCAGAUGAUUUAAAUUCCACUGUGUCAACGGCUAGCUCCACCUUCAGGAAAGUAUCAGCUCCUCUGUCUCUAUUUGCGAUUAAGCCUGACAGUGAUCGCAAGCAAGUUAUGGAUGGUGCGAUGAUCAAUACAGCCAGCUCAUUUGAAUGCCUGUGGCAUAUCAAUCCUACAAGAACGGAUAUCAAGUCCAUCCCUGGGACAUUGCUCUGGAGAACCAACCACUUGGAGACAAAAGUAGAAAUGGAGUUCACUUUAGACGCUAGUAGUAAAGAUUUUAUAGUCACUACACUCGAGAAUGGUAUCACUCUGAAUAUUCUCGGUGAUUUCCUUGGAAGUGUUUCGUGUAUCUAUGGCGAUGACAGUGUAAAUAUCAACGUUGCCACCAAAGUCAGUCGUAAUAGAACUAUAUAG